CGCCGUGGUUUCGGGGCGCGCAGGAGCGGGGCGCGCAGGAGCCGAGCGCACAGGAGCGGGGCGCGCAGGAACGGGACGCAGCAGCCAAGGCCUCGCGCUGCCUUCUGGCCCAGAAAGCUCCCGGCGGGCGGGCCCUGCUGACUAUGCGGGCGGCGCCCUGUGCCCGCAUCCCACGGCGGUUUCUGCGCGCUGGAGAAGAAGGGCGGGUCGCGGCGGCCUGGAGCGUGGAGCCCGCGCGGCGGUGCUGAAAGAACAGCUCCCGCCCUUGCCCGGCCCAUGGUCCCCAUCGCGGCCGGCCGCUCCCAGGCUCCUGCGGCCCCGGGGCCCCGGGGAUGCCCGGCGGGUGAGGCGGCCCGGUCCGAGCCGCGCUCAUGGCGGUGGCCAGGAAGAUCAAAACUUUGCUGACGGUCAACAUCCUGGUGUUCGUGGGCAUCAUUCUCUUCUCGGUGUACUGCCGCCUGCAGGACCGUUCUGAGGCGCUGGUGCAGGUCGUGCGAGGCGCUGAUCGCCGGAUGCGCAAUCGGCUCUCCAAGGCGAGUGCUCUGACUGACCGUGAGGCCAUCCUACAGCGCCUGGACCAUUUGGAGGAGGUUGUCUACAACCAGCUGAAUGGCCUUGCAAAGCCCAUUGGGCUGGUGGAGGGGCCAGGUGGCCUGGGCCAGGGAGGAGUGGCUGCCACUCUGCAAGAUGACAGCCAAGAGACCGAGGGCAAGUUCGAGGACUUUGGGUACAAUGCACAGCUCAGUGACCGCAUCUCCCUGGAUAGGACCAUCCCUGACUACAGGCCCAAGAGGUGCCGACAGAUAACGUAUUCUGAAGACCUGCCCCAGAUCUCUGUGGUCUUCAUCUUUGUCAACGAGGCACUUUCAGUCAUCCUGCGUUCUGUACACAGUGUGGUCAACCACACACCGUCCCAGCUCCUGAAGGAAAUCAUCCUGGUGGAUGACAAUAGCGACAAUGUGGAACUCAAGUUCAAUCUGGACCAGUAUGUUCACAAAAGGUACCCAGGCCUCGUGAAGGUUGUGCGUAACAGCCGUCGGGAAGGCCUGAUCCGUGCCCGGCUGCAGGGGUGGAAGGUGGCCACGGCUCCCAUCGUUGGCUUCUUUGAUGCCCACGUGGAGUUCAACACUGGCUGGGCUGAGCCCGCCCUUGCACGGAUCCAGGAGGACCGCCGACGCAUCAUCCUGCCAGCCAUCGACAACAUCAAGUACAGCACAUUUGAGGUGCAGCAGUACGCCAGCGCUGCCCACGGCUACAACUGGGGCCUGUGGUGCAUGUACAUCAUCCCUCCGCAGGACUGGCUGGACCGAGGUGACGAGUCAGCACCCAUCAGGACACCCGCCAUGAUUGGCUGUUCAUUUGUGGUGGACCGGGAGUACUUCGGGGACAUUGGCCUCCUGGACCCAGGCAUGGAGGUGUAUGGUGCAGAGAACAUCGAACUGGGGAUGCGGGUGUGGCAGUGUGGUGGCAGCAUGGAGGUACUCCCCUGCUCCCGUGUGGCCCACAUUGAGCGUACCAAAAAGCCAUAUAACAAUGACAUCGACUACUACGCCAAGCGUAACGCGCUGAGGGCCGCCGAGAACCCAGGAGUGGACUUUGGGGAUGUGUCUGAGAGGCUGGCCCUGCGUCAGAAGUUAAAAUGCCGUAGCUUCAAAUGGUACCUGGAGAACGUGUACCCCGAGAUGAGGAUCUACAACAACACCCUCACGUACGGAGAGGUGAGAAACAGCAAAGCCAGCGGCUACUGCUUGGACCAGGGGGCAGAAGACGAUGACCGAGCCAUUCUUUACCCUUGCCAUGGCAUGUCCUCACAGCUGGUGCGCUACAGUGCUGAUGGCCUCCUGCAGCUGGGCCCCCUGGGCUCUACCGCCUUUCUGCCAGACUCCAAGUGCCUGGUAGAUGACGGCCGGGGACGCAUGCCCACCCUAAAGAAGUGUGAGGAUGUAGCCAGGCCUACGCAGAGACUGUGGGACUUCACCCAGAGUGGCCCCAUUGUGAGCCGAGACACAGGUCGGUGUCUGGAGGUAGAGAUGUCUAAAGAUGCCAACUUUGGGCUGAGGUUGGUGGUGCAGCGCUGCUCAGGGCAGAAGUGGAUGAUCCGAAACUGGAUCAAACACGCCAAGCCCUGACUUCUGCACCCCUCCUGGACCACCUCCACACAUUCAGGCCCUUGGACUCUUGAAUGUUCCAGGACUCAGAAGGUCCUGGGGUGGAGCCAGGAUGGGAACGUCUUGCCCACCCCCACAGACCCAAGAGCAAUGUGGGCCCUGCACACCUCAGGGCUGGGCCCUGUCACCAGGGAUAUCCAAGACAGCUCCGGCCUGUAUUAGGAACCAAACUUUUGUGGAACAGGCAGCUCUGCCUGAGGGAGGACAUCUGAGGACAGCGCACACUCAUGCCAAAUCACGUGCCUUUUCUACAGUGUUCCCCAACCGGCUUCGAGGAUAGCCACCACGCAUGUGCUAAGUCCCUGUACAUAACCCAUAUGGAAACAGACUCAGCUAUUCAGUGCUGAGGGCAGGGGGUGCAUCCUCACAACAAGCACCCUGUCCUAGCAGGUUAGGGCCUCUCAGCUCAGCUGCUCUCGCUCACCUGCUCAACCUCACCAUAACACAGGGCAAACUUUGAGGGUGGCCGCUUGUGUUCUGGUAACAAGGCAAUGGGAAGUGAUCACAGGGAUGAGACCCAGCUCACCUUUCUUCCCAAGGGUCAGCUUGGCAGUCACUGGGUGGGAGUGGGGGGGGAGUCUCAGCCUGGGAAGUGAGUCUCCUGUUGUUCUGCCAUUUCUACAGCAGGCAUCCGUCAAAUGAUCCCCCCAACCCCACACUUGUUUUAUAAAUAAAGUUUUACUGGCACACAGCCA